AGACAGAAAAAGCGAGUGGGAGAGAGAAACCCCUGUGUUAAUGGCGUUUGGGGGUUUUAGUAAGAACUCAGGUCCAUCACUACCAAUUGGAAAUCAAGCUCCAUUCCCAACCAUUCCUUCUAAUAUCCAAACUGAUUCUCAAUCUCGGCAAAGAUCUCCAAGUUUAACUGGUGGUGGUAGAUUGGGAACUCCUGGCACGAGUUUUUCUACUGAUUUUAAUAACAAUAGGGUUUCUGAAGUUCCACAAAGGUUUCAAUCGUCUACAUUAGAUGGUGGUGGAAAUAACUCUAAUGGAAGAGGUGUUUUUAGCUCUUCUGAAGAAGCCUUGAGGCCCACAUCCUCAGUAUCUCCCCCUGGUUGGGUUAAUCAAUCAAAUGAUGGCUCUACUUUUCAAACUCAUCAAAGGUUCUCCACAAGUGAACUAUAUCCUGGUUCACGUAAUGUUGCUCCUAGAAUUUCUGCCGGACCUGUCAACCCUCAAGCUCCAAAAAGAAACAGAUCACCUCCUUUCCGUAAUGAAGGGCGUCAAGAAGACUUCGGUGUAAGUUUUAAUGAGAGGUCCACGCCGAUGCCCACAUUAUCUCCUCCUGGUUGGGUUAGUCAUUCAAAAGUGCCAAUUGACGGUUCUAGUUUCCAAUCUCAUCAAAGGUCUUCCCCUGUUGAACCUAAUCUUGGUUCGCGUAAUGCUGCAACCAAUAUUACUGCAAGGCCUGUCAACUCUCAAGUCCCGAAAAGAAACAGAUCACCUCCUUUUCGUUCUGAAAUGUCCACCCAAGAAUCCACUGUGGGUUUUACUGGAAGGUUAGGAACCCCAACAGAUUUGCGACAUUCUCCUCCCCAUAAUGGGAGUUCAGUAAAUCCACAAAGAAUGUCAUCACCAACUUUUGGAGGUAGAGGCGUUGUCUCAUAUGAAGAUCUUGAUCAACCUGAAGAGAUUCAGAUGUCAAACACCAUUGGUGCCAGCAUUCGAGAUCCAAGAGGCAACAGGUCACCUCCUUUACAAUCUUCCAGUAACGUUUAUUCUAGAGAUUCUCGUGCGCCUCACAAUGAAUCUGAAAGGUCAAACACCAUGGCUGCCAGCUUUCGAGAUCCAAGAGGCAACAGGUCACCUCCUUUACAAUCUGCCAGUAACUCUUAUUCUAGAGAUUCUCGUUCCCCUCACAAUGGAUCUGAAAGGUUUGCAUCUCCUCCGGAUUUGGGUAAUAAGUGGGAUUAUGUUUCAAAUAAACAAUCCCAACAAAACUCCUCCAAGUUCAUACCUGACCUUGCCGAGUCUGCUGGAGCAAGACCUAGAAGCUCUCAGGUUUCCAAAAGAACCAGGUCACUUACUCAUGUUACUGAUGAAUUUCUUCAUGGAACUAACUAUGACAGCCAAGAUGAUACUGAAAGGGAAACGCAAGCGAAGGCAAAGAGAUUGGCCCGUUUCAAGGUUGAACUCACCGAACCAGCAGAGAGCAGUCCUGAUGUUUUAAGGAAUAAGCAGGAUCAAGCUAUGGCAGAGAGAAGAAAAGUAGUUGCUGAACAACCCAUGGAUGCAUCAGGGGAUAUUAUAUUGGAUUCUGAAGGCUUGGAGUCAUCUGGCGCUCUAGUUGGUGUAUGUCCGGACAUGUGCCCAGAGUCAGAAAGAAAGGAACGUGAGAGGAAAGGAGAUCUUGACAAGUUUGAACGCUUAGAAGGAGAUCGAAAUCAGACCACCGAAUCACUUGCUGUAAAAAAGUACAAUAGGACAGCUGAGAGGGAAGUGGACUUGAUAAGGCCCUUGCCGGUCUUGCAGAAGACUGUGUCCUAUCUUCUGGAUUUGCUAGAUGGACCUUACAGUGAAAAUUUUCUGCCUUUGUACAACUUUCUGUGGGAUAGGAUGAGAGCAGUCAGAAUGGACCUUAGGAUGCAGCACAUUUUCAAUCAUGAUGCUAUAUCCAUGCUGGAGCAAAUGAUAAGGCUGCACAUAAUAGCCAUGCAUGAAUUGUGUGAAUACACGAAAGGAGAGGGCUUCUCAGAGGGCUUUGAUGCACAUCUCAACAUUGAACAAAUGAACAAGACAUCAGUGGAGUUAUUUCAAAUGUAUGAUGACCAUAGGAAGAAAGGAACCAACAUACCGUCAGAGAGAGAAUUCAGGGGUUAUUAUGCACUUCUCAAACUGGACAAACAUCCUGGCUAUAAAGUUGAACCGGCAGAGCUCUCACUUGAUCUUGCAAAGAUGACUCCACAAAUAAGACAAACCCCGGAGAUCCUAUUUGCUCGUGAUGUAGCGAGGGCUUGCAGAACUGGUAAUUUUAUUGCCUUCUUUCGGCUGGCUCAAAAGGCAACCUAUCUUCAGGCAUGUCUGAUGCAUGCUCAUUUUUCCAAGUUGCGAACACAAGCACUUGCUUCCUUACACAGUGGUCUGCAAAAUAGCCAGGGAAUCCCUAUUGCUCAAGUUACAAAAUGGCUCGGAAUGGAGGGAGAAGAUGUUGAAAGGCUUCUGGAGUACCACGGUUUCGUGAUAAAAGAAUUUGAAGAACCGUAUAUGGUGAAGGAAGGUGCAUUCCUUAAUAGUGAUGAGGAUUUUCCAACUAAGCGCUCGCAGCUUGUUCUGCUCAAGAAGUCGAGAACAAUUUUUGAGGAUGUUUCUUUUGAUCAGGCCAAAUUGCCAUUCAAAGAAGUCAAACAAGUUGGAAUAUCAACUAAGUCUCUUAAACCCUUGCAGUUUGCGAAAACAAAAAGUUCGCUUGAUGAACAGAUGCCCGACCUCAAACCUUACUCUGCUAAACGUGUAUCACAAGCACAGCCUGUUUACUCCCCUCCUAAACGUGCAUCACAAGCACAGACUGUGUUUGAAAUGCCAACGCCAAUAAAUCCAAUAAAUCCAAUCACCAGUAAUCAGCAAUGGCCCGAAGUUACUUUCUCGCCAAGCAUUCACCCUUCAAGUCUUUUUGCGUUGUCCCCACCAGCAAUGGCUAGAGUCACUCAAGCAGAGACCCCUCAAGUUUCUGUGGAAAUGAAUCCUAGCUCUUUUCCAAAGGUAACACCCCUGAAAACUAUGAGAAGAGCCAUAUCCAUGGAGAGAACCCCAGUUUCGUAUGUUGAAUCUCCUGGGAAGAAGUCAGCGCCUCUGAAUGUAGUAACCAUUCCCGAACAAAAUAUAGAAGUGACGGUUAUUCCCCAAAAAGAAGAAAAUGAAGGGCUGAUAGUCACUGAUCAAGAAGAGGAAGUAGCAGCAGAAGAAGAAGACGAUGAAGAAGAAGCUAAGCUGGUUCAGCAAGAAAAUGAGGCUGCCACAGCAAAGCUUAAGCUUGUCCUAAGGAUGUGGAGAAGGCGUUCUGCGAAACAAAAGCAGGCACGCGAACAAAGGCAGUUGGAAGCAAUUGCAGCAUUAAAUUCGUUGUCAUUUGGUCCACCAAUCCGACAAAACAAAUCAAAACUACGCCAUGCUGGUGAGCUUAACAUUGAUCGUCUCCUGACGGAGAGAAGAGAAAGGCAUGCAGUCUCAUGGUCAAGGCUUAAUGUUUCUGAAGUUGUGGCCACCAUACUUGGUGAAAGAAACCCAGAUGCGAAAUGCCUUUGCUGGAAACUUAUUCUGUGCUGUCAGACUAGGAGUGCACAAACUAAUUCAGCAGCUUCUUGGUUGCGGUCUAAGCUGAUGGGUAUUGGAAAUGAAAAUGAUGAUGAGCUAGCAGUCUCCACUCCAGACUUAUCUAUAUGGAAGAAAUGGACUGUUAGUAAUUCGAGUGAAGACAUCUGUUGUUUAUCUGUUCUUCGAGAUUUAGGAGGUGAUAAAACCGAUGAUGCAGUUGCUGGUUCUGGUGCUGUCGUAUUUCUUGCAUCACAUGGAUUAUCAUGGGAGCUUCAGAAAACUUCCUUAAACAACCUUUUGGUUUCCUUGCCCUCUAAUUCGCGUGCACCUCUCCUGAUCUUGAGUGACACGUAUGAGGAGCAGGUCGAGAAUUCAUCAUCAACAAUUGUCAAUAAAUUGGGGCUUCAUUAUAUCGAUAAAACAAGGAUUAGCAGUUUCUCAGUCCUCUACCUUCUUGAGAGCCAGCAAGCAGAUAACCUGGAUGGAUUUUUCAGUAAUGAUCGGUUAGUAGAGGGAUUGCAAUGGCUAGCAGAUCAAGCACCUUUACAACCUGUUCUUCGUUGUGUUAAAACACAUGAACUUGUUAUGGGCCACGUCAACAGGUCACUAGAGUUGCUUGAAAGGAAGGAUGUUUCUCUAGUGGGUCCCGAUGAGUGCAUCUCGGUUUUCAAUUCUGUACUGGAUAGAGCAGCCAAGGAAGUUUCCUGUGCAGCAGAUAUGAAUUAUGCCCGUUGGCCUUGUACUGAGAUUGGUUUAUUGGAGGAAUAUAUUGACGAGCAUAGAGCUGUCCAGUUAUAUUUACCAAGUGCCGGGUGGAGCACAUCUGCUUCAAUUGAACCCAUCAUAAGCACAAUACAGAGCUGCGAGCUUCCAGUUUUUGGUGAUGAUCUGUCUUGGCUGAACCAUGGUUCUGAUGUGGGUGAGGACAUCCAGAACCAGAAAUCAGAACUGGAGAAGUGUUUAAUCAUGUACCUGGUGCAUUCAAGUAAGAUGAUGGAUUGGCAAUUAGCAACAAUGGAGGCAAGCAUAAUGCUGCAAAAAAGUGCUCACCUGGAGCUUCAUGGUUCGAGUUUCCGUAUAGUUCCAAGAUGGGCAGAUAUAUUUAGACGAAUUUUUAAUUGGCGAUUAAUGAAUUUGAGAAGCGGGGCAUCAUCAGUUGCUUAUGUUUUGGCAAACCAGAGUGUAUCCUGCUCGGAACCCUGUCAAGAGACAUCUCCUUUGAAGUGGCGGUCGAGACAGACAGACAUGUAUAUCGACUCCCCCCUUUCUCAACGUGCUGGUGAAAGUGGAUCUACUUAUGCCCUAGCAAGACCUUCUCUAGAUGAAAUGGUUGAAAUUGGAUGUACCCCUCUUCAGCACAGAAGCAACCGAUCGACAAUUAAGGCCAUUGAACCUAUUCCAAUGAACUUUGACCAAGAUGACAAUGAUACAUUGGAGGCUGCUACUAACUACGGCUCAAAGGAAAGUGAAUGUACAGAAAGUGAAUUUACAGUAAGACAGAAUACUUAUCUAUCUCAUGGUAAUGAUAUGGUAGUCGAUGUUAAGGAAAUUCCUGAAGUUAAUAAGUUGAACAAAUUACUAGAACGGUGUAGCAUGCUGCAAAAUAGGAUAGACGAAAAGCUAUCCAUAUAUUUUUGAUAUAUUACAAUACUUUCAACCAUUGUAUUUUGAAAUGAGAGAAUAGCAAUGAAUGUCUGUUGUAUA